AUGGCUCCGUUCGGCACCACCUCUGCGGCGCUCACACAUCCCGAAUCAACGACGGCUCAUAGAACCGGCCCCGUGCAAGACUGGGUGUUUGCUCCCGAGGCGACCAACAGCGCUAACACGAACCUUGCUGUACCGACGCUAUCACAUGAACACUCCCACGAGGUAUACCCGCACUCGCGACUUCGAAGCAUGAGUGUUUCGCUCCCUUGGAAACAACGCCCCAAGUCAGCCCUGCUUGAACCCGAGAUGGAGAACAUGUUCCAAGCAUUGUCGCUGGAGAAGAGCAAGAGCCACGCGUUCGGGGGGCAGGAAGAGCAUCAAGAUGGAUACCUCGCGCCGACAUCGUCGAAGCAUGGCAACUUUAAGAAAAUGCUGCGCCGAGCCUCGGUCUCGCUGAAGACGGGCGUUAAGGGCUUCAUUCAUCGGCGGACCUCCGUCCCAGCGACAUCCACAUUCGACCACGAUGGUCGGCCCACGCGACCGCAGCUGUUUGGGGGUGGUCACAACCAACACAACAACCAAGCAGGUCGCCCGACGACCUCUCACUUCCCCUGGAACCGCCUGCGCCAACGGGCCAGCUUCCACCGACACCCACAAAGCGCUCACCCAGAAUUCAACGAUCAUGUCUUCUUGGACGACCUCGGCACCAUCGAGUCCCCGACUCUCCCGGUCCCCGGCUCUGGCGAGCAGCCCCCGAUCAUCCCCCGUAACACUGGGGCCGCGGCGCGGCACGCAGCAGCCAUUGCCUGCAACGGUCUGCGGGGAUACGACUUGAUGGACACAAACGCGCCGUUUCCACACCCUGGCUGGUUGGCUGCAGGGGACGCACAGGACGACCGCGAAAGCGGCAUUGGCAUUGCGCCGACCUGCUGCGACAUGGACGCAUACGUGCCUGGGGAUGAGGUCGACUCGGACGUGGAUGUGGGGAGCAGUCUACACAGCGACGAGGCAACCAUCGUCAAGGUGGACUUUGUUUCCAAGCUACCCGUGGAGCUGUCCAUUCAGAUUCUCGCGUUGCUGGAUGCGCCGACCCUUAAUACCGCCAGCCGCGUGUCGUCGCACUGGAACAGGGUGAUCAAGAACCAACACAUUUGGCGCGAGUCGUUUUUGCGUGAGCAGACGACCACGUACGCGACCAGCGGGCCGGUCAAGCCCGGUGUUGGGUUGGGUGUUCCCCAAGUACAGCCGAGCAAUGACUGGAAGGAGAUUUACCGCGUCAAGACGGAGUUGGAUCAGCGCUGGAGGGAGGGCAAGGCGCGGCCGGUGUAUCUCAAUGGACACACCGACAGUAUUUACUGCCUUCAGUUUGACGAGUCCAAGAUCAUCACCGGUUCUCGCGACCGUACCAUCCGCGUCUGGGAUAUGCACACAUUCGCUUGCAAGCUGGUCAUCGGUCCCCCGGAAGUCAUCCACGACGGCCCUUUCAGCAUUCUCUACGACGACGCCGACGCCCCCCGCCAUCACGCGACCAUACCCGACCUUGACCCGACCCCGACCGCCGACGGCCAACCGCGCGCUCCGAUCCGCGCCUACCACUCUGUCCCAGCCCUGUACUCCCCAUCCACCUACCACAAGGCGUCCAUCCUCUGCCUGCAGUACGACGACGAGAUCCUCGUCACAGGCUCCUCCGACUUCACCUGCAUCGUCUAUUCGAUCGCCAAGGGAUACCAACCCGUCCGCCGCCUGCGCCACCACUCCGCCGCCGUCCUCGACCUCGUCUUCGACGACAAACACAUCGUCACUUGCUCCAAGGACGUCUCCAUCUGCGUCUGGGACCGCGCCACCGGCGCCCUGCUCCGCCAACUCCGCGGCCACUCCGGCCCCGUCAACGCCGUCCAGAUGCGCGGCAACACCAUUGUCUCCUGCAGCGGCGACUUCAAGGUCAAGCUGUGGAACAUCGACACGGGCAAGAACAUCCGCGAGUUCCUCGGCCACUCCAAGGGCCUUGCGUGCUCGCAAUUCUCCGAGGAUGGCCGGUAUGUCGCGUCGGCGGGCAAUGACAAGGUCAUCCGCGUCUGGGACGCCAACACGGGCGAGUUUGUGCGGGAGAUGCAGGCGCAUGAUAACCUGGUGCGGAGUUUGCAUGUGGACAGCGUCAGUGGACGCCUGGUCAGUGCGAGUUAUGACUCGGAUAUUAAAGUGUGGGAUAUGGAAACCGGCCAGCCGCUGCUGGAUUUCCCCAAGUGGCAUUCCAGUUGGGUGUUGAGUGCCAAGAGCGAUUACCGGCGGAUUGUGAGUUCGGGACAGGAUCCGAAGAUUUUGAUAUUGGAUUUUGGAGCGGGCGUUAAGGGGGUAGAGAUGUUGGAGAGUCCGCCGCCUCCUGGGGGAUUUGAUAACAACGGCAAGAGGCUUGAGAGUGGUGUAGAAGGGCCAUAUAUUUAG